AUGUCUGUCCUCCACAUUCCUCCACGCCUUCUAAGACUUGUUCCGGAUGGAUUAGAAACGACCACUUCUAUUACCUCCAAGCCGCAGCCCGCCAACCGAUUCAGGAUCAUGGGAGAUUUCGGACAGGUGGAUGUCCGAUGCAUCGUGCAAGGCCUCAAGCCUGAGCAGCUGAAGGCGGAUGAUACCUUCAAGAUAAUCAGCGGUACCCUAGUCCAAGUGUUUGAGACUGAGAUUCGAAACAAGUUCCAGAUUCCCUACAAAAUAGACAUCCAUAAAUCCCGCAAGGAUCACCAUGGAAACGUCGUGGUCGGGGACAAGAUCACGAGCUUCAGCUUGAACGUGAAGAAAGGCGAUACACUCUUCGCCAUCUACGACACAAACCACAAAGUCGUAGGGGGUGGCUUCGGAGGGGGUGCGACAGUCCAGACAAUGGAUGGCCAGGUUGCUCAAGCCAACGGAGGCAUAGGAACGGGAGGAAAGCGAACGGCGAACGGCAACGAACUUGGGGGUACUGGGGUGGGUGGUACUGCGUAUGGAGCAGGCAAGACUGAGGGAGAGGGCGGAGCCGGUAUGGGCGCCCCUGUGGCGGCAAGCAAGGCAGGACAAAUUGCCAUGGGUGGAGCGGAUGAAUCAGGGAACAAUGUCUCCAGGCACAUCUUCUCCACAUCUGGAAAGCCCACCAACUUGAAUGAGUUCGGCAAGCGCAACGACCUUGGAACUCAGGACCGCACUGUCGGGAUUAUUGUUGGUGUGGUGUUGGGGGUGUUUCUCCUGGGGGUUGUCGCAUCAGUUUACGUCUACCAGUGUACUUGCAAGCGGAGGCACCACAGGAUCCAGUUUUUGACGAGCAACGGGCAGCAGACUAUGAAGCCAUAUUUGUCUGAUGGCAGGGUAUACUCGACCCCAAGAGAAGAUGGUAGAGGGCAGCCGGGUGGCAGAGGCGAACCAGGUGGACGAGGGCGACCAGGUGGUUUGGGAGAACCCGGGGGCAGUGGAGGGCAUGGCGUAGCGGAUGGUCACGCCAACAAUCAGCCUAGCGGCGACUCGACACAGUCUAGCGACAAAGACACUACCGUCCGAGGCCAUGAUGUUCAUGCUCCCCCUUUGUAUGGUCAUGCCAUGCAAGGGGGCCAAGGCAUCGGCGGGUCCGCACGAGGAGGUAAAGGCGGCCCGGGGGGCGACGGAGGAGUGGGUGGUUCAGGAGGGGACGGCGGCACGGGCGGCAGUGCAGACGCUCGUGCCGAGGCGCACGCUACGAUAUAUACCUUGAUCAUGUGUUGCGUUCUGACUCCGUCGCGGCGCGGGGGUCACGGGCAUCAUCACGGCCAGCCCCAGCCCCAUGGCGCGGGUGGGAGGCUGUUCGAACGUCCACAGUGGGAGCGGCCUGAACGUUUGAUGGCGGACCUGAUAGUCGCCGGAGAGGCUCCCGGCGGGGCUGUCGAACCUGUGGUUCUCGUCGGGGGUGGCGCCGGCGGUGGCGGGCUUGCGAACGGAGGUGCCGGAGGUAGAGGCGGUGAAGGAGGCCGAGGUGGAGAAGGCGGCGAAGGGGGUGCGGGUGGUCAAGGCAAUGCUCGCGCGUCCGUUUCCAUCCCGCUGUAUCCGAUGUGGAUGUGCUGUGUUUUUGUUCAGCCCCAGAUGCCAACAGAGAGACGAUCUUAG